UCUCCAUCCCUUCAUCUCCUCAUUAUCUCUCAUUCUAAGCUUUCCCAACAACAAAAAUGGCGAAAGUGGUGCUCAAAGUGGAAAUAAACGAUUCAAAGACAAAGAAGAAGGUUUUGAGUGCGGUUUCUGGGCUUUCAGGCAUUGUGUCGAUGGCGACCGACACGAAAGACAACAAAAUUACGGUGAUUGGAACCGCCGACCCGAUUGAGAUUGUUAAGAAAGUAAGAAAGAUUUGGCCCUCCGCUUACAUUAUCAGCGUUGGGCCAGAGAAAGAAGAACCGAAGAAAGUAGAGCCGAAGAAACAAGAUCCGCCGACACCCAAAAUCGAGCCGAUUGAUUGGGCUAAGGCUUACACUGCCUUGCAGUCUUACCCCACGCCUCAUUACUAUUAUUCAUGUCAAGAACAAUACAAUCCAAAUGGCUGUGUUAUCUCUUGAAUCCAUUAGAUAUAGGAAGAGUUUGUGUUUAGAAGGAUUGUUUUCAACCUUUUUUUUUAAAUAUUUUAGGAAGAAAUAUACAAAGAUUUCAUAUUCGUGAUAAAUAUGAUUGUUCUUCCCUUUCAUG